AUGACCCAUGGGGUUGGUGUUUUGGUGUCUUUUAUUAAGCACCCAAAAAUAUUUUAUUGCAUCUUCCUUCUUUUCUUUCCCCAACUAUCAUUCACUCUUCUAUUCUACCACUUUUUCUUUCUCCUUUCUCUUUCACUCCCUUGCAGUCCAUCAAGAAAAUGUCCUUCAUUCACAGCCACAGAGGAGGACUUUUCUUUGUCUUUAAUUUCUUUCUUCUCUUCCUCUCUCUUUCUCUCCCUUGCAGUCUCUUUUUCAUCUUCUUUCUUGUUUUUUCUUUCUUUUAUUAAUUGGUCUAUCUAUCUAUCUAUCUAUCUAUCUUUCUCUCUUUCUCUCCAGCCUUUUUUAACUUUCUUUUUUCUUUCCUUCUUUCUUGACAUUUUUCUCUUUUUCCUCUCUUUUUGUCUUCUACACUUUUUCUAUCUUUUGUCCUCUUUUUCAGUCGUUCAUGCUCUUUCUUUCUUUUUCCCUCUCUUUUAUCUUUCACACUCUUUCUUUUUUCUUUAUUUCAAUCUUUUCCCACUCUUUCUUACAUUUUACCUCUCUUUCAGACUUUCACUUUCUUUCUUUCUCUUUCCCCUCCUUUCAGUCUUUCACACUCUUUCUUUUUUCCUCACUUUUAGACUUUCACUUUCUUUUUUCCUCUCUUUUAGUCUUUCACACUCUUUCUUUCUUUAUUUCCUCUCUUUCAGUCGUUCAUGCUCUUUCCUCUUUCAAUCUUUCACAUGCUUUCUUUCUUUUUCCCCUCUUUUAGUCUUUCACUCUUUCUUUCAUUUUUCCUCACUUUUAGUCUUUCACUCUUUCUUUUUUCCUCUCUUUUAA